AUGGAACCAUCAAGUGCAAACACGGGCUUCAUCCAGCAACAGCCCAUCAUCAAGAACCAGUUUCACGAAGAUGUCAGUCUCCAGCGGAUAGCCAAACUCUACCUCCCUCCUUCCCUUCUCGAGAAAGUCACCCCCGAGAUCUCCCGCCUAGGCGACGCCGUUCUCUCCCAGCAAAUCUUCGACUGGAUCACCGACGCCGAGCGCAACACCCCUUACCUCCGCGGCUCAGGGCGCGACGCCUUCGGCCGCCCCAAACAGGAACUCAUUGUGACCGAAGGCUGGCGCAAGCUACAAGAGUUCGGCUUCGCCAACGGCGUCGUGGCCAUCAACUACGACAGUAGCUCGCCGUCUAACGGCCCCUACUCGCGGCUGAUCCAGUUCCUCCGCUGCCACCUCUGGGAAGCCUCGUGCGCCAACACCAUGUGUCCGGCCGCGAUGCAGGACGGCGCCGCCCGUUUGCUGCAGCGCCACCUGACCACCCCCCAACUGGCGGCGAACCUAUCUGAAACCGAAAAGAGCGUCUUCCAAAACGCCUACGACCACCUCACUUCGCGCGACCCGGCCUACACCUGGACUUCAGGCCAAUGGAUGACGGAACGCACCGGCGGGUCGGACGUGUCCCAGACCGAAACCGUCGCUACUUAUUCCCCUUUUCCCGCGGGGCAUCCAGUCCCAUUAGCCUCCAAAGAAGAAAACAUGCCCUUGGGUCCUUGGUCCAUCUCAGGCUUCAAGUGGUUCUCCUCCGCCACCGACAGCCAAAUGACCAUCCUCCUCGCCAAGACGCGUCCAGGCAUGGGAGUCUCAGCCUUUUUUGCUCCGAUGCGACGAUGGAAUCCCGAGCUAGUUUCGCCCACAUUCACCGGAACCGGGGCCACAGGCGGCGGCGGCACGGAACUCAACGGGGUGACCAUCUCCCGCCUCAAGACCAAGUUCGGCACAGUUAGUUUGCCGACUGCCGAACUAGAGCUGAAGGACAUGCGCGGGUGGUUAAUUGGCCAAGAAGGGGAAGGCAUCAAGGAGAUCUCGACGAUUCUGAACAUCACGCGGGUACAUACGACUGUUUCGUCGAUGGGAUACCUUGGGCGCGGCAUAGGUGUCGCCAAAGCGUAUGCGCUCGUCCGCGAAGCUGGCGUUGGAAAGGGCCGUCGAUUACCUCUUUACAAACACCCAUUGCACAUGCGCACGUUGGCUGAUUUGACGGCUGAAUAUCACGGGCUGAUGUUACUGACUUUUUAUACUUUGUAUAUCUUGGGACUGGACGAACACCUUUCCUCCUCUUCUUCCCCUCCUGUAGUCCCCCCUCCCAUCCACCCCUUAACACCCCCCACCCCCAAAGUUUCCCCCCUCCUCCGCACCCUCUCCUCCCUCCACAAGUCCUUCAUCUGCCACUCCACCAUCCCCCUCUCCUUCAGCUGCAUGGAAUCUCUCGGCGGGCUAGGCUACCUCCUCAACUCCGACUCCGAACACCUCAACCUCUCCCGUCUCUUUCGGGACGCCUGCGUCGGCGCCAUCUGGGAAGGCACGACGGACGUCUUGGCUUCCGAUACUCUCCGGGCGCUCAAACAUCCCUCGGCAGGGGUGAAAGCUCUAGAGUGGUUGGUUGAGACGGGAUUAGCGGCUUCAAUUAAAAAGGUUUGGGAGGGAUUGAAGAAAAAGUUUCUGGACAAGGGAAAGAAACAGCAGGAGGAGGAGAAGUUGGUGUCGGAGGCGAGAGGGCUAACGCAUCGGUUGGCGGAGGUGGUGAUUGCGGUUUUGUGGGUGGUUGAUGCGAGGGUUAGGCCGGGGAGGGAGGUGGAGGGGAUGAAGAGGAGGUGGAUGGCUAAACAUGGGUUUGGGCCUAGUGGUGGUGGUGAUGGGGAGGAGGAGGACGUGAAGGUGGAGGGAGAUGGACUGGAGUUGGAUUUGGCAAUUGUUUAUGGGGAGGGAGGGCCGAAGGGGGUUGUUGAGGGUGGGAGUGUACCGGGGGUUUCGAAACUUUGA